CCUUCCCCGGAGAUAUAAAACCCGGCUGGAUGCUCCAUUCUCUACUCAAUCUACCACAUUCAACACACGCUUGUCAUCUCUCAUCACCAAAACAAUAAUGUCUACUACCAUUACAAUCGACCUUUUAAUCAUUGGAGGCGGCCCAGCAGGUCUAUCAGCUGCCAUCACAUUCUCAAGACUUCGUCGUUCUUGUUUUAUAUACGACUCUGGUGACUACCGUAACGCCCCAGCUUCUCAUUCGCAUACUAUUCUCGGCUUUGAAGGGCAGGAUCCUGUUGACUACAGAGCGAAAGUCAGAAGCGAGCUGGUAAGAGACUAUAACGCCACGACUACAUUUAGGAAAGGCCAAAUCAUCUCCUUGGUCAAAGAUGGCGAAUAUUUUGAGGCGAAAGACGCAGAGGGAAACACUUUGAAGGCGAGGAAGGUGAUUUUGGCAACUGGACUCAAGGACCAUCUUCCUGACAUUGCUGGUGUAUCCGAGCAAUGGGGCAAACGAAUCAUCCACUGUAUCUUUUGUCACGGUACAGAGACUGCUAACCAGCCUUUUGCUUUCCUCUUUACCCCCAACAAUGCCAAGAUGAACCCUUUCUUGGUCGCCGGUAUGCUCAAGUUAUGGGGUGCCAUGAAUCACCAACCAAUAUACAUCUUGACGCAUGGGUCCGAUGUCAGUACUGAGGAAGGCAGGCGUGAGGCGGGUCUUGAGACUUAUUGGAAAAUCAUCCAAAACAAGGGAUACCAAGUGAUCUCCUCUCCAAUUCAAUCAAUCAAAGAGGACGAUUCAAAGUCAUCUCUCAUCAUCAAAUUUGCCGAUCAUCCCUCCAUCAGCGUCCCAUACAUGCUCCUUUUCCCAGAAAAGUUUACGCCAUCCGACCAUGGCGCACCUAUCGUCAACGAAAAGCUCCUAGGUGGCCCUCUUGGCCCAAUGGGUACUAUUCCUGCGCCUACCGAGUCCUCAGGAGCUCCCAAGAUGCCUCCUCGUAUGGGCGAUGACCCAAGGACGCCUGUUGACGGCUUAUUCUGGGCUGGUAACAGUGGGUCCAUGCCGGCUAAUGUGACGAUCAGUGCAGCUCAGGGAUGCGCGGCUGCAAUUGUGGCCGCAGACGAGCUCGGCACAGAGGAUUUGGUCAAGCUCGCGUAGUUCUUUAUAUAAUAUUAUUGGUGACAUAAGAGAUCAGAAGAUGCCAUCGGAUAU